GACCUGUACAAUUUUUUUCCUUUUUGAUUUUUUUUUUACCUGGAUUACUGAGAUGCAUCAGGACAUUCUCAAUCAGUUAUUUGUUAUCUUUUUACCUGCCCCCACCUGCCCUCGCUAUUAGCUGCAUGUCCUCUCUGGUUUUACAUGUGCAGAUAAUAAACCACACCCACACUGUACAUAGGUAGGUCCGGUUGUUCAGCGGGUGAUGAGGAAGGUAAGCAAGCUUUAGUUUUAUGAGGAAGUGUUUGUUGUGCCGUCCCUGCCUGUUUGUACAUGUGUUCGGGUCAGGUGAGGUCAGCUGAGACUUGAACACCUAAAAACUCAAAGCUUUCUGGUCUUCAGACUUAUUCUCCAUGCAUGCAGAGUUCUAUGCCAUGUGAUGUUGAUGGGUUCUUCGAUAUUUGCGUACCUGAAGUUCACGUCAUUGUGAAAACAUCACUGUGUCAGGAGCAGACCCUCAUCCUCUCUGUAAGCUGUCUAUUACCUGAAAUCAGUCCCACAAUGAUGGUUAUCAGAAAAUUUGACAACAACAUUGGGAGGGUGAAAUUGUGUAGCAGUCAUGGAUGAAGAGGGAGUAGAAGGUGGGGCUCAGGAAGAGGAUAGAUACAUAAUGUCUGACAUCUUAUUGGGGUCUUGUUCUCAGGAAGUCUAAUUCUCAUGUUGCUCAAUUUCUGCACCAGUUUAAUUAUCAAAAGGUGACUUGAAAAGUUCUUCCAUUUCGCUCCUAAUCAUUAAUUUCUUGAAAAAACAACCAAAGACAUUUAUACUGCAUUUAUUUUAUCACCUGAAUAUGGUGUCAUAUUGUUACCACCCACAAAUAUUACAGUGUGGAUCACACAUGAUAAGCAGGAUUUUCCUGUGCUUCAGGAUGUUACAAACUAAACAUGUUGACAUGCUUGUGUUCUUUUUUACGUACAGCCAGUCACUGGAUUGUCUUCUCUAAAAUGUUUCUAUUUUUGUAUAUGUUUCUCAGUCACUCCCUCCCUGGUUCACAUCUACAAUCUGCCUUCUGCUCAGGCAGGUAGUGUUUGUUCAAACAUCGCAUGUCUGGAAAACCCUGCUGGAACAGCGAAGCAAACUUAAAGGACCUGACACAGCACUCGUCUAUUGAAGAUAAACAAAUUAUUUUGAAAACAUUUUUGAAAAGUGUCCUGCUCUCCAGUUUCUUUAUAGAUAUUUCAAGCUCAAAUUAAUCUCACCAUGUCUAACCAGGCAGUCCAAAGAGAUCAUGAAAUUGCCUACAUGUCUUUAAUGCAAGGUCUAAAACAGCUGGACUUCCGUGGCCCCAGUGUACCCAGCGACCUGGUUCUGAUCGGAGACCAUUCCUUUCCUUUAGCCAUGAACAGCCAAGGCCAGGUUCUGAUGGCUGCCUCUCUGUACGGCAGUGGGAGAAUUGUUGUCCUCGGUCAUGAGUACUACCUGACUUUAUUUCCUGCUCUGGUGGAGAACGCCCUGAAGUGGCUGAGAGGAGAUGGAUCAGACAACCCUUCUGUAGCCGUGCACAGAAACGUCCAGGCCGUGGCCGACAACCUCAGCAGGUCCAGCUUCCAAACAGAAGUGGUGGGAUCCUUUAGUAACGACCUGAAAGCUGCUGUGUAUGUGACAGAUGCAUACAGCGUGGGCGCUGACCCGAAGGACCUGGUGGCGUUUCUGAAAGCAGGAGGGGGAGUGCUGAUGGCGGGUCAGGCGUGGAGCUGGGCUGCAGAUCCCCCAAAGGAGAACACCUUGUUGAAUUUUGAUGGGAACAAGGUGUCUGGUGUUGCAGGGGUCUACAUCUCAGAUCAUCCUGCUGAGCUAGAAAACCUUCCUGUGUACCCGCAGAUUCCAUCCUCCUUUAUGGCUUUAGUAUUAGGUAAGGAUUUUGAGGAUGACUUGCAGUUCUUACUCCAGGGGGUAUCAGAGUUUACCCUCCCAAAUGGACUAACUGCGUCUGAAGUUCUGGUCCAUGGUCCACUUGCCUUCCCAAUUGGUACAACAGACAAUGGACAGGCAUUCCUGGCUGGAGCCUACUAUGGCCAGGGCCGGGUCAUCGUGGUGACACAUGAAGGACUUCUGUGGAACGAGGAAUUGGCUCGAUUUUGGACCAGUGCUAUUCACUGGCUGGAUGAAGGCCGCAGGGGAGUUGUUGGUGUAGCACCCGACAAAGCCCUCGCAAUGGUUUCCAAGUCAGGUCUGCAGUGCAAGAAAACAGGCUUCAAAAAGGACCUGAGUGUGUUUGUGUGCACAGCAUCCAUCAGUGACCAUCUGGAAGAAAUCCAAAACUUUGUAGCAGAGGGUGGAGGUCUUCUGAUGGGUGGACAUGCCUGGUACUGGGCACAAAUGCACCGUGGAAAAAACCCAUUAACUGAGUUUUCAGGGAACAAAAUCCUGAACAAAAUGGGUUUGAGCCUGUUGGGGACAACACUUUCCGGAGGUGUAUACAAGGCUCCUGUUCCCAGCCAGGCUAUGAAAAACACCUACCACUUCCGUCACCUUCUACAUCGCUUUGCCAGACAUGUAACUGUGGGUGAAGAACUCAGCAAACAUGAGGAAGAACAUCUCAAGAAGCUGGGUACCGACUGUGCCACCUACUUGAAUAUGAAAGCUCAUAACUGCUGCUCCUACACACAAGUAGUGGCCACACUCACAGAUGUCUUAAAGAAGUCAGGUCUGCCACAGGUUAGUGACUCCUGUCCCAUCAAAAGUCCAAAAGACCACCUUCUUCUCAGUGUGGGGGCAGAGGUUUAUAAGGUUUGCCCAGAUCCAGAUGCCCUUCUGCCCCACCUCAUCCAGGAUAACCCACUGCUGCCAGUUGUCUACAACCACAAAAUCAAGAUCAAUGUUAACACAGAAGGUGGAGAGGACUGGGUGAGUACAGGUCUCUAUCUCUCUCCUGGUAUGAAGACCUACAUCUCCAUACCUGCAGUGAUUGUCAACAAAGGAUGGCAGAUUCAAAUUGGCUGUCAAACAGAUCGACUGAAUGCUAAAGAGCUGAAGAGACCUCCAUGUGUUCAUGAGCGAUUUCCUGUUACCUCAGAGAUGAUCCAGGUGUGGAACUUGUGGGGAGGACUCAUCUACUUGGUGGCUCCACCCAAAACACAGGUGCAAGGAGCGGAGGUCACUGUGCAGAUGGCUGUUCCUGCGCCCUAUUAUAAAUCAGGUGUGUUGGAUGCAUGCAGGUUAUCCCAUCAUGGCUCAUAAGUCCUCUGCAGCUGGACUGCUUAAUGUCAAAAAUGCAAGAACUAACGGCAUUUGGGGCUCCAUCCAUGAGCUCGGACACAACCAGCAGAGAGGCUGCUGGGAGUUCCCGUCACACACUACAGAGUGCACAUGCAACCUGUGGUCAGUGUACGUGCAUGAGGAGGUGCUGGGCCUCAACAGGGCAAAGGCUCAUUCAGCUAUGAGUGUAGAAAAACGAAGUGCUCGAGCAAAGGACUAUGUGAAAGGGGGCAGACAGCUGAGCAGCUGGAGCAUGUGGGUGGCUCUGGAGACUUAUAUGCAACUCCAGGAAAGGUUUGGUUGGGAUGCCUUUAAGAAGGUGUUUGCUGCCUACCACAAGAUGAGCAACUUUCCCAAAGACAACAAAGGAAAGAUGAACCUGUUCACUGAGACCUUCUCUCAGACUGUGGGCAUGGAUCUGACUGGAUUCUUCAAAGCCUGGGGAUGGCCCAUUGAUGCAGCUAGUGAGCAAAAAUUAUCCAGCCUGCCUCCCUGGUCUGAUCAUCCCAUGGUUCAGUAUGACUGAGCAUCAAUCAGCUGUGGAUUAAGGAGCACCUGUAGUUACUUCAUCAGAUGGGCUAUUGAUAGAGUUUUAUUGGAUUUAUUAAACUUCUUAAGGUGUUU